AUGGAUGUCGGCGGUGCUCAUGGGACUCUGGAGCUGUGCGCCGACGCCGAGAAGCAGCUCGCCAAUGUCACCAUGGGUUUGCCCCUCAACCCUCCAGCAGAUUCGGCCCGUUCAGCCCGUCACGCCCUCUCUCUUAUUGCCACCGCCCGGCCGCCUGCCUUCAUCACCACCAUUGCAAAAGAGGUUCAUCGGCACAACGCUGCUCAGGCGAACUCUCAGUCACAGCAGAACAUUCACACGACCACUCUGGCCAGAGCCAAAACAGAGAUCCUGCGAGUGAUCGACAUCCUGAUUGAGAAGAUGCCUGGAGACGUCGUGGAUCUUCUGGUUGAAGUGAUGGAUAUCAUCAUGUACUGUAUUGAAGGUUCUCUGGUGAAGAAGAAAGGACUGCAGGAAUGUUUCCCUGCUAUUUGCAAGUUCUAUAUGGUUGGUUACUGCGACCGCAGUCACCGCAUCGCUGUCGGAGCUCGCCAAGGUUCAGUGGCCCUCUACGAUGUCCGUACAGGGAAAUGUCAGAACAUUCACGGUCACAAAGGUCCAAUCACAGCGGUAUCAUUCGCCCCUGAUGGCCGUUAUCUGGCAACCUACUCCAGCGCUGACAGCCAUAUCUCCUUCUGGCAGAUGAACACCAGUCUGCUGGGCAGCAUCGGAAUGCUGAACUCUGCUCCUCAGCUUCGCUGCAUCAAGACGUACCAGGUUCCUCCGGUCCAGCCGGCCUCCCCAGGCUCCCAGAACCACCUGAAGCUUGCCCGUCUCAUCUGGACGUCCAACCGCAAUGUCAUCCUGAUGGCCCAUGAUGGCAAGGAGCAUCGCUUCAUGGUCUAAAUCCAAGCUGUAUUUACUUCUGACAGACCUGGGCCUGGUAGGAGGUUUUUCCUUUGAAGCAGACUCUAGAAAGCUACACUCUGGAUUUAUUUGGUGGUAAUUUUGGUAUUUGCAGUUCAGAUGAUAUUUUAGUGGCCAAGUCUUAGAGUUAAGAGAUUCGAAGUAUGAUCAAAACUAAUAGUUGAGGUCAAAAUCUGAAGGAAUGAUAAAAGCCCAGCUCAGGCCCAGGUUUGGACCAGAUUCAUGUUCUCAUUUUAUCUCCUGCAGUAAUCAUUGUAAGGAAAGUGACUGUGUGAUAUCUUUAUAGGCCGUGAUAGAAGCCUUGUUUACAUGAUUUGCAUUGAUGUAUUUUUAAUCAUUUACUUUGCCAUUCCUAUUUAUUUGCCGUUGAUGCUGGAUGUCACAGACCCUCCAAACCUUUGCUGUUAAUUUAAGUCUCCUUUUUCAUUUUUUUUUUUUAAUUAUAUUUCAGUUCCAGUAAUUGGAUCACUUGAUUAAUAAAUGUUUUCUAUGUAUGGGAGGUAUUUACUUUGGUGAUUAAACUUUGAUUAAAAUGUGUAUUUUGGGGGGUAGAAAAUGGUGAAAGGAAUUAGUUUGACCUCUGGCCUUAGGUACGCUCCGACCUCUGUAAGACCAGUACAUGCAUUUCACCUUUCAAGCUGCACAAAUGUGCGUGUGCACAUGUGAGUAUUUUUGUGACACCUUGGAAGCUUUUGAAACCUCUCUGGCUUCACACAGAAGUGUUUGUGUGUGUGUCUGCACCCAAGUGUAUUUUCACUGUUAAACACACAUUCUCACUUCAGACUGCUCGUCCUGAAAGUCCCAUUAAAGUUUUGGAGGUUGGAGGUGUAGCUGCUCUUACGGCAGAUAUGUAAAAGGAGACAAAUUAAUGCUAUUUUGGUCACCUUUAAAUUUAAAUUAAGUUAGAUACAUCAUCAGUGGUUACCAGUAAUGGGGGGUUUUUUUUAAUGGGAAAGCUCAGUUUAGCUCCCAAUGUUUGGUCAUUUUUAAGAAAAAAAAAUCAUAUUUCUUGUGUUUGUUAAUUUCACUUGUCGCAUGAACGUUUACCCCUCGUUUUGUAUGUCAACUGGUUCGUAGCUGGCUGAUCCUCAGCCUUCAGCACCUUCAUAAAGCAAAAUAUUCACUUUUUGGUCUAAAAUAUCUAAUGAAAUACUUCUAUUUCCACCUCUUCAUAUUAUUUUUUUAUUCUUCCAGUGAAAUCAUUCCUAUCACUUCCACAAAGUUUCUCUGGACUUUGUUUCUCUUUUCAAAGGCUAAAAAUUCUGGAGGUUAAUACAUUUAAAACAAAAGUUAAAAAAAAAACUCCUUUUUUCCCACUGGAUUGUUUCUUUGCAGAGGACAACACUGUAUAUUUGGCAGUUGCACGUGAAAUCGUCAUCGUCCUCUUCUUGCAAUUCACAUCUGACUUUUGAAAUAUAUCUAUGACUAUAAAUGUGUCCAUAUUCAGCCAACAUAUCCUCAGAGCCAUUGUGCAAUGUAUGUAGGCUGUUCAUGUUGUAUAGUGAUCUGAGCAUCUGUCCUGUUUUGUAUGUAUUGUGGCUAAUGUGGCGAAUUUCCACUUUUCCAGUUCACAAUUUCCAGUCCAUUUUCAAGCCUCUGCCAGCAGUUUUUUUUUGUUUUGUUUUUUUAAACCACAAAUCACUUAUUUUGGAAAAUGUGCUUUUCCUAUUGGUUAACAAGAAGGACCAAAUUUAUUUAGCAUAAGUUAAAAGAGCCAAAAUGGAAAAGUCGUCUUAUGACACUAAAAAUACAUGAUGCAGAGAUACAUUUAUAUUUAAAAUGCUGCUAUCAUUCUAGAUUUACCUUGUUUGCCCCAAGCCAAGUACAACCAUCACCUCUUAGGAGGAAGAUGAUGAAAUUUAACAAUAGCAAACUAGCAGAAGUUGCACAUUCUGCAGAGGGAUAAACAAACUCUACAGUGUUGGUACAUGAUUACAUCGAUGUUAGGGGUGCUUAGAGAUGCAACAAAGGACAUUUCCAACGGCAAAAUUUUACCAUCAGGUUUUUGAGCUCUGUUCUUUGUGGUUGAUGACACAUUUUUGCACAUUAUUACUUUAAAAAUUUUUUUAACUGUUUUAGUACUCAGAGUUUUAUUCAGAAAGUGAAUUCUAUCUAUAUAUAAAUAUAUGCAAAUAUAUUUAUAGUGUUUUCUGUCAGUUGUACUGGGCUUAGAUUUUUGUGACUCUUGCAAAAUGCUCAAACUUGCUUUGCUUCUAAUUUCUCCCCUCGUCAUUCUCCUCUCUCCAGCUCCUGUCAGUUUCAUUAGUGCAGUCAGAAAGCUUCUAACACCGAUACACACCUGUAAACCCGGGCGUGUCAAAGCUUUUCACAAGUUCCUCCAGCAUUUCGUCAGACGGCUUCUUUUUGAAAACACGCACACACAAACAGUCCACCAGGUCCUGACAGCUUUGAGAUCUUAAUCUUUCGUUUUCUCCAGCACACUUAACAGUUUGAAAAAAUAUGUUUUUGGCAGCCUCUCGAGGGAGGAAGGGUGAGGAAAAAUGAAGGAGGCAGAGAGGAAGAGCUGAGGAGUAAAUAACAAGUGAGGAAGAUCUGGUCAUCCAGCCAGAAAAAGAGGUUCUGCUGUGAAGGUAGUGAACCAAAAUGGUUAGAACCUACUGGGGAUUUUUCUUUUUUAAACACACGAGGUACAUUUGCUGGAAAUAUCCAAACUGGAGAUGGUAAAACUCAUCUUUAACCAGCCGUUUACAACAAAGUGAAGCAGUCUUGUUACUUUAAUAUAGAAACUCUCCCAUUUUCUGCUUAUAUUUUCUUCUUCUUGUACAGCCGAACACCUGCUUUCUUACUUGCAGUCUACACUAAACGAAAUCUGUGUUUCUUACUCAUUUUAGUUUGAUUGUAUUUAUUGUUUACAGAGUGUUUAAGAGUGUGUGAUGUAUUGCAUGUAUGAGCUUAACGUGACGUAACAGAACAGGUUGAUUCUACUGUGCAUCCUAUAAAUCUGCUGUGUAAAACUGUUGUCAUCAUGUCCAAUAAAGAUGAAAAUGUGACUGUGGUGGUCAAAUGAUG